GAUCACAUCCUGGAUGAGGUCUUUGACGAAGGUGAGCUGGAAGCAGAGCAGGAGGAUAUAGCGCCCGAGGAACCAGAGCACGAGGACGCAGAUGACGCGGAGCCGGUUGACGCAGAGCUGGAGGUGGACGAAGAGAUGAACAGGGCUGAGCCAGAGGAGGCAGAGCUGGAGGAGGGAGAGCUGGAGGAGGGCGAGCCCGAGGAGGGGGACCCCGACGAAACGCAGUUCGACGAGGCAGAGCCCGACGACCAGCAUUUCGACGAGGUAGAGCACGACGAGGUAGACCCUGACGAGGCUCUGGAUCCUCCAGAUCAGGACGAGGAGCAUGAUGGCACCGCUACGCAAGGACAGGAGGCCUUUGAUCCCGAGGAGCCGCCUGAGAAGCCGGUGGACGUGGAUGAG